AUGGCUGCAACUCCUCCCCCGCCCUCGCCGUCAUCUCUGCGUACUCCGGCCGCGCCUCGUCAUGGCUCUGGUUAUGAUCAAUAUGAGCCAUAUCCUACCAGGUGUUCAGCCAGAAUUGCCAACCAGCGGACAUCAAGAGUUGCCGAUAAGACUUCAGAACCUGUGUGCCCUAGCUCUCCUAAUAAGGCCCGGUCGAAGCAAGCUGUGCGGAAGUGUCAGACGUUAGAAGUUGAUGGGGAUGAGAUGCUUUCUGCUCCAGGCAAAAGUUCCAAAUCAUAUACUCGGAAACGUACGGGUGCCUCGGUCCCGUCUAUUGCUUUUGACGAUUACGACCUCUCCUCCCGCACCUCUCACUCGCCCAACCCCCGAUCUCGCCCAACAGUGAAUCAAGCUUUACCCACUCCUGCAAAAACUCCCUCCAAACGGAAACUUUCUUCUUCUGAUAUUUCAUCUGCCUCUCGGACAUUGUUCCCAACGCAAUCAUCGGCACGCCCCAAGAAGUCCACUCCCUUGUCGCUGGAGAGCUUUGAAGCUCCAGCUUCGAAGACAAUCCAAAUAUACACAGAUUCCCGUGACAAGAUUCCUAAGCCAGUUACCGAUAUGGAAACUCCAUUUAAUGCGAAGAUCGAAGAGACCGUGUCCUCUGGUUCUGUCGAAGCACCCAAGACUGGAAAGCGUGCUCGCAAACAGGACAAGCCUAACGAUGGAAAUGUGCGGUAUAAGCAAUACGAUGAACACGAUCAGCAUGGUCGCGAUGAUCUCACCGACUGUGAUGAUAAUGAAUUUACCGAGGAUGAUGCGAUCGCCCGUGCUGGUGGUAUGACAAUGAUCUUUCGAGGUAAAAAGGUCUUCAACAAGUUUGGAGAAUCCUCUGAUGAGGGCGACGACUUGGGAUUGUUCGCCGCCCGUCCUGAUCUGCUGCAAGACGCCGAUCUUAGCGGUGUGAAGUCUCUAACACGCUCUUCUAUCCGACCUCGUCGCCUCUUUGCUGAGGCUGCACCAAAGCCCCAGGCAGCUCCCCAAAUUCCGAUCGAGGAAGAAGCCACGGACGAUGAGUGCCAUGCUGAGGUUGAGGUUAUACACAAGGGGUCCAAGUCUCCCUACACUCCCCAGUCUCCAGAGUUUCCUCGAGCUCCCGGCGGUAACCGCAACCUUCGUUCGGCUGCUCGCUACGGUGGCGAGCUUGAUGUGACGCCAACGGCCACAGCCCUGAUCUCUGACAACAAGCGCAAGCGUGCUAGCCCAUUCGAUCAUUGGCUACGCCAGAAGCCCACGCCCGAUGAGACUGUGUCUCAGGGUACCUCUCCUACGAAGCGUGAACUGCGCUCUGGCAGCCCGGAAGCUCCUGCUCCUAAGAAGACUCGAAGCACUCGCGCGGCCGCCGAGUCUCAGUCCGCUUAA